AUGCUCGAACCGCAUGCCAUGUCCAGACCGAUGGACCAAACGAACGCAUACGGUCACUCACGAUCCCGAACGACCUCAUCCAACAUAUUUCCCCCUCAGCAGCAGCAGCAACAACAACAUCAACAACAGCAGCAAGCCCCUAGUUCUCAGUAUCCUCAGGCAGUGCCUCUCCAUAUGCAAAACUCACGCCGCUCGCCGUCUGUCAAUACGUUUAGCACAACAUCUAGCAUGCAGCCACCCGCAGCCUAUCGGACUUCUUCGACCACAGAUCUUCGUCGUUCAAUCUCCAGUCGCUCUGGAGGGACCACGGCUCCGUCAUCCAGCUACGUUGCCCUAUUGCGCCGUCAAAAAGCCACAGUCUGGUGUGAUCGCGCUCAAUACGAAGACCCUCGAGUAGCCGCUCAACAAAAGGCAGCCAAGAUGCGAGCAAAUUUGGAAGUGGUCGGCGGGCCGCGAGGUGCUGUCGCAGCCAGCCGAACAAAUACCGGAAUCAGCGCAACUGGCAAAGUCGCCGCCAAAAUCCGACACCACGGGAAGACACCUGUUGUUGGGUAUGCCCCGGGUGAUACGAACCACGUUGGUGUUGGUGGUGUGCCUAUGCGACUCAGUGCCACCGAAGUGGAAGGGGGAAGCAGUGACGAGGACGAUGUUCAGACUACCUCUCGAGCGCAUCACCGUCGCACGGGAAGUAGUGGACGAAGCAGUGUCGGAAGCGGUAGACGAGGUGGGCAGUACCGAUCUUCUGGAGGCUCCGUCAUUCUUGCCGGUCAGCGACGAAGUCCUGGCGACACCCCUGAGCGAACGGACAGUCUCAUUGAAGAGCCAGAGGAGACCAGUAAACCCAUCGACGACUCGGCGUCGGGCCGGGCACAAAGCUCACGAAGCACUAGUAGUGGUGAGCGGGCCGACAAUGUUGGUGAAUUGGGUAGCAUCCCUAAAUUGGCCACCAAUUCCCAGAAGCAUUCGGCUUUGAUCAGAGAGAAGAGUGUCAAGAGCACUGAUGAGCUUAAGCGACGAGGCAGUGUGGACGAGCGAACUGCAACACUCACGUCGGGUCGUCUUUUCAUUGCCAAUCCUGAUUAA